AUGAAUUUUUCAAUAACCGAAACAAGAUGGACAAAGUUCGGGAAAUCUCACGACUUCGUCUUCGUUGGGAAGGAAACUGUUGCAACAGCUUCUGGCAUUUACGUGAGUUUUGUAGAUCUGAACACGAGAGAGAAGCGAAUCGAGCGCUUCGAUAACAAAGAGAGAGGCGAUGGCGCAUCGUGUUUGGCUGGCCAUUCGACGGUUUCCAUGUUUUCCGUAGCCGAGAGAAAACCUAAUCCUAAGAUAUCGAUAUUCAUGUAUCCAACGCUACAAAGAAUCUCCAGGUGUGUACUACCCAGCAAAAUUAAUGGCUACUUAUCCUGUUCUUUCGCUGGUACGGAAUAUCUGGUAAGCCUGACUAGCUUUCCCGAUUUUCGAUUGAUCGUAUGGCUUUGGAGAACCGGCAAACAUGUUGCUACGCUUAACACGAAGACAGACAAUCUCGUUCAAGAAAUUCAAUGUUCGCCGAAUCCCCCUCAUUUGAUAUCGCAGCUUGGGAUGGACGAUGGUGUACUUUCGAUCUAUCAGGUGCGCACGUGCUCCAAAAUCGUAAAUAUACAUCACGUGAACGCACCGGUUCCGGGACCCAGAAUUGUAUCUUCAUCUUGGACGCAAGAAGGAAACCUGUUUGUCUCGGAUGAGUUCGGCAAUGUAUGGCUCGUAGCAAUUGAAGCUAACAAGCUAUUCUCGGUGGUAAAAUCAAAAAUGCUGGGACACCCAAAGAAUAAACCGAUUGUCAUUACUCAUAAGAACGGCGUUAUAAUUGUAAAUGCCAACAGAGAAAUUACAUUUUACAAAAAGUCGUCCGCGGAUUGGAACGUGACGUGGAAAUUUAUGUGGUCGAUUUCGACUUUCUAUUCUAUUCAAGUCGGAAAACAACACCGUUUCAAAGAUGGGAUUUUGCUUCAUUUGAAAAGUGGAGAAAUUUUUGAGAUCUGUAUGCAACACGACAACAAUCCCCAUAUAGAAGUUAUUUAUACGGACGAGAUAGAAUACAAAAUACUAUUUUCUAUAUCUCAGAGCACAGAUCACAUCGCGGCGGUAGACCGGUUGGAUCGUCUUUGCAUUUUCGAGUUAUUGACCGGCAAAUUGAUAGCGAGAUUGUCUCUGAAACAUCACGGCGAAGUUCUUCAUAUAAAUUCACAUCCUACCUUACCAAUGCUUGCGUCGUGCAGCACAAUUGGCAAUUGCAUUUUAAUCGAUAUCAUGACAAUUUCAUUGCCCAAAAUUUUUAAUUGCUUUCAUCUUUGUGGACAUUUUUUGGACAGAAUAAAAUUCUCGCGUCAUGGCAAAUUUUUGGGAAUUGGCAGUUCUCAAACUGGCAGGAUAUUUGUUAUUGGAAAACGACUUAAACAACAUCGUAUGGAUGUUCUAGGACUUAUAGAAAUUGGUGGAUAUGUAAGACAAUUAUUACAGGUCGCUGAUUUUUUAAUAUAUGAAGGAAACGACAAUCAUUUUGAGAUCUUAAUUCUCGCAACGAAUAAUCCUUCUAUAGCUUCGAUCGGCGGCAAUAAAGUUAUCGUGUACACUUGCGAGAUUUCGAUCGACCUCUGCACACGUGCCAUUUGCAUGAUAAAUUUAUCAAGACCUUUCAGAGCGCUCUAUCAUGGAUCAAAACCUAUGGACAUAUUAGGUAUACCUUCCUUAUCUAAACAAUUACAUCAAAUGGAAAUACAGAAUAAUUUUCAAGAAAUCGUCCUCACAGAUGCGCUAUUCUCCAUGCAUCAGCUGAGAAAUAUUGGAAUACACGUAACUGAUUUUCGAAUUAUAACAUAUGGAUAUGAUGGCUUAAUUAUAGUCAGAGAUAGUAUGGAACUUCGCAAAAUAAUCGCGGUUUUUAUGCCGCAUCAUCGCAACAAGGGAGGCAUAAAAUAUGCGAUUUCUUCGCGUUCUGGGGAAACAAUUGUUUCUCUCGGUAGAAAUGGCGAUCUCGUUGCCAAUCGAAUUCGUUUAUUGGAGACAAGAAUAAAUGCGACAAAAACUGAAGUUCCAAAUGUUCAUUUAUCGAUUGAGGACUUUACUUCCAAUUCAGACAAGCUGUAUGAUCUAGAAAAAGAAACCUGGCUGGAUACUGUAAUUGCUGCUAAAUUAAAAGCCGAACAUGAUGAAGCUGUAUCUCUACGAUCUUCUAUCAUAGCCGAUCUGGAAAAAAUUAAAACGCAAGUUCGACAAAUGCUCGAUUUAAACGAAGGCAAACUAUCGGAUGCACGUUUGCCAAUCUCGGCUUUUGAUCUGGAUCGCGAGUCUCGACAUCGAAGAAUAGAAGAAGCUCGACUUGAACGAGAGAAAAUGCGUCAAAAUUUAGAAGAGGAUUGUGAUCGACAAGACCAUGUGGUAUCGAGUCUCCUUGAAAUAUUUUGGGAACCGUUGCAAAUUAAACCAUGUGCUCUUAAAUCAAUUGGCGGUGAUACGAUCAUUCAAAAUUAUCCUCUCCUCGCAUCAACCCGAAAGACGAAUGACUUUGAAAUAUGGGAUAAAUUGUCUUCAGACACUGACGAAUUCUCGUACAGCCACGAGGUGUAUAAUAAAUCAAAUAAUGAAGAUAAUUCAAGACAAAGAGUAAUUACAAUAACUUCUGAUAAAGAAUCCUUAACAACUGACAACAUCGAAAGCAAAAUGCAUCAAAUGGCUAAAACAUGGUGCACUCUUGUAGAUGAAGAUGAAAAAUUAUGUAUAUCUGGUGUCACAACGCAUAAAUGGAUUGAAGAUAAAAGUAUAAUUUCAACCCAUCAACUAUUAACUUCAUGUGACAGCGAUCUAAAAUCCAUUUUGCAAAAAGAUGUUAUUAUCGAAAAUCGUGAACGUAAACUAAAGAUGCAUUUCAACGAUCUCUUUGAAGAAAUGAAACACGCAAAAGAAUGUGUGUUAAAAUGUGCUAAGGAGCGCAUCGACAGGCUUCAACAUUGUGCGUCUGAAUUGAAGACGAUGUUUGGAAUAGAUUCUGUUCUGGAGCCAAUCGAAACUCCAUCCUGGAAUGUCGAAGAAAUACCCGACUACAUAAUUACCGUAAAAGAUCACGAAAUAUUCGAGAAACAGUCGCGACGAGGAGAGUUCAAAACUGUGACAAUUGAUGAAGAUCAAGAAGAUGAAAAUAAAAAUAGCAAUUUUUACAAGAAAGCACUUGAUAAAAUGAUGGAUGGUGUACUAGAACUUAAAUGGGAAGACGAAGUAAAGAAGGAAAUACCAGUGCCGAAUUGUCUAAUUACGAAGAACCCGUCAGAAUAUACCGAUGAAGAUGUAGCAGUUAUCGCAUCGUAUAAAUCUAAAGUACAGGCUCUACAAAAAGAACGAGAGAAAUAUAAAACAACUCUGCAAGCUGACAUUACGGAAACAAAAGACGCUUUACAGAGGGACAUCGCUGCGUUUAACGACAAGUUAAAGGAUCUGGAACUGAAGAAGAUGCAAAUUGAAUGCGCGAUACUUCAGGAGAGAUUGAUGAGGAUACGCGCGAUCCGAAGAUACCGAACCAUGAUUGAUGGCAGGCAAGAAAUCGCCCGUCUCGCUGAUGAGGAGUUAGCACCAGCCAUGCAAGAGGCAUGCAGGCUCGCCUGCGAGGUGUGCAGCUCGCUCGAAACGGUCGUGUCGGAGCUAAAAAUUCGUUACGAGAAUCUUUGCAAAGCGGAGAAACGCCAGGAAGCCAAGUUUCGUAGCGAAUUCGCGGAGUUGAAGCAGCCGAUAGUGGAGCAUUUGCUCAGGCAUUAUAAGAAGCGGCCUAGAGCCGAUCGGCUCACCACUACGUCUAUCACAUAUCUGACAGAGGUGGCGAAAUGCGUCGCGGGUAACGAGAAGUCGGAUGUCUUACCACGCGAAUGCCUGGACUUCCUCAGGGGCAUAGAUGCCUUGGACUCGAUGCCCCGAAAUCUGCCGUCGCAAAUUAAUGUCGACCAUUGGCGAACGAUGUGCAAGCUAAGGAGAGCGAAAAUCGAGAUGGAGACGAAGGUGAGGAAGAAGCCAUAGAAAUGACGUAUAUUUGUUAAAAUAAAUUCGCUAUUGCUAUUGCUAUUGUAUAAAAAACGGAUAAUAUUGAAGGUGAGAUGCUGCGCGGUGGAGAUGGCAGAAGCGGAGCAAACGCUGUCGUUUUAUCAAAAGGCGAUGCAGUCAGCUGAUAAUAUCGUAACAUGCAAGAAAGUCAGCCUGGAUAACAUGGAGAGAUCUUUAACGCGGCUUAUGCAAGAAAUGGAGGUUCAACUCGUCUUGAAAAUGGGCCAAAUCGAAGUGCCGCUGCGAGGUUGUCCCUCUGAUUAUGCGAACACCGUUCUCGUAACGCGCGAGGAACUUUUACGGGUCAACAAUUGUAUUCUCGAAACCGGGAAACGCAAGCUGACGGCGAUGCAUAAAUCCGUGCACUUGCGGAAAGUCGUGUCACAGCACGAAUGGCGACACGCUUGCGCAAGAAUGGUAUUGGAGGAUCUGCAACGGGACUUGAAGGAUAUCAGAGAAUUCAAGAUCACGAGGAACGUACUUGAAUUUUUAAAUCAUCAUCCCUAUAGCGUAAAUUUGGAAAGAGCUUGCGAAAAGAUGCAAAUUAAUUUGCAAAUAUUUCGAAACAAAUUUCGCGAAGUGUUGGAGCUGGAACAGACGCGUCUGAAGGAAACGAAGCGACUCAUGGCCAAAUGGAAGAAGAAAAACGACAAGAUAUCGCAGGAGAUUAGAUCCAAGUCGUCGGAUGUCGAAGAGCGUCGCAGAUUGCUUAACGAUCCGCAUCAUAAAAGGGACGAAGAGUCUCGAAGAAUGAGACUCGCGGCGAUCGCCAGACGUACCAAGCUCGUUAUGAUAGCAGAGGAUAAUUAUGAGCAGCUGCUAAAUUUGCACGCCCAUCUCGAAGUUCUAAAAUUACGAACGUAUCCAACCUUGCAGUUUAAAACCGUAUAGGAAAAUGUGUCGAGAAAAAAGAUACUGCGUCGGAAACAUCAGAGCUGUAGCUAAAAUAGACUUAAUAUUCUCAGUGUUAAUUUAUGAAAACCGUCUUUUUUCUGCUGAAUAAUAAAAUUGCACCAUUUAUGCAUUCUAGAAAUCUAUUAACAGAGAGAAUAUCGAGCGCCAAGUGUAUUCUUAAUCAGUUGACUCGCCUAAAUUGCAGAGUUAUGUAAAUUCACGUGUAAUAUGUAUGAUAAUACGUGAUAAUAUUUCCAUGUUACACACUUAUUAUCGUUACUCAUUAUUUUCAUCCCAGUCUCACAUGCAUGCGAUAAAGAAAAAUUAUUGAUUCCGAGACAUAAAUAAGGAAAGUGGCAUAAAUAUGGAAAUUGCUGCAUCUGCAUUUUUCAACAAUUUGAAUAUAAAAAUGACGCUACAUUGAAAAA